GCCACCAUCACAACGAUUAUUUAAAAUAAAAGGAACAUGCAGGGGUUUAUCUCCGUGUUCGGCAUUGUCUGGAUACAGAUAUAUGUAAUACUUCUACCUACAACAAAGAGUCAGAUGUUGUAUGAUACAAAUAAAGAAUACUGGGAUUUACAAAAACGGGUGGUGAAAAUGGAGGAAGAAAUGAUUCGAUUACGUAAGGAAAAUCAAAGGAAUGGAAAAGUUGUGACCUUUUCAGCAACUGCAGACAGUAAGAUUCGUCAAACAAUCACGGAAGAAAAGGAGAUAAUUAUUUUAAAGAAGGUACUGAAUAACGUAGGAGACGGAUAUAAUUCUGAAACAGGAAUAUUCACUGCACCUUUGGCUGGAAAUUACGCCUUUUACUUCUCUGUCGAAGUACGACCUAACAAGAGACUGAGUAUAUAUUUAUAUGUCAAUGAUAAUCAUGUAGCUGAAGCACUAGCGGGAAAAAAUGUAGAACACUUCGACACCGGAAGCAACAUGGUGACUCUCUCGUUGCAGAAAAAUGACCGAGUAUGCAUUAAGUCACAUCCGAAUAAUGACCAAAUAGUUGAUAUUCAGUUUAGUGGAAACAGCUUUUCUGGAUUCUUACUUUCUUGAAAUAGAAUUACAAUUUUACUGUGAAUAGUUUAGAUCCUCGGGAACAAAAAGAGGCCAUCAAUAUUUGUUUUUCAAUGCUGCAAUAUAUUGUGUAGAUCUAUAUAACAUGUCUAACAGUAAUAAAUUAUGUAUGUUUAAAAAACAAUGUUUUUUUGU